AUGGAGAUGUAUUUUCAGCUUGCUAGAGUGGACUGUGGGAGUGAUUGUGGCCGCCUGCCCGCAGGGGAGAGAAGAAAACACACACAACCCCCUCCGCUCCCUCCUGAAGGAAAGGAGACGCAGGGCCCGGCAGCCACAAGGCCAGGACAAAGCCCUCGGGACCGGCCACCGUCAGGGCUGCCAGCAGUGGAAGCCCUGUCGCCGUUCUGGCCCUCUCAAGGUCAGCGACGAGAGCUAGAAGCCCCAAACGAGGGGUGGCUUUGUCUCCACCCCACCUGCGGAGCAGCGGGUGGCGGCGCCCGGAGGUGCCCGGCUGUCUGCCUGAGGGAGCCUUCUCACAGCCGCGGUUCUCUUCCAGCGUGCAUCUGCGAGAAGAACAAGCGGGUCACCAACUGCAGGGAGGUCAACGGCGCCUGCUGGUGCGACUCGAUCGGCUCUGGCCUGUCCGUGAACUGCAACACUCUGACGUCAAAAUGCCUGUUGAUGAAAGCAGAAGUGACAAGCUCAAAAUCAGGUCGUAGUGGGAAACCAAAAGAUGCAUUUGAAGAUACUGAUGGCCUUUAUGAUCCCGAGUGUGAAAAUACUGGUAUUUUCAAGGCGAAGCAGUGCAAUGGAACCACCUGUUGGUGUGUGAAUACAGCUGGUGUUAGAAGAACUGACAAACAUGAUGCCGACUUGAAGUGCAAUCAGUUAGUCAGAACAAUGUGGAUCAUCAUUGAAAUGAAACACACAGAGAGAAACACUCCUCUGAACGCUGAAUCCUUAAAGAAAUUCUUCAAGGAAACAAUUUCCAGUCGUUAUAUGCUGGAUGGACGCUAUAUAGCUAGUGUUCUGUAUGAAGAACCUUACAUUACUAUUGAUUUGAAGCAAAAUUCCUCAGACAAAACUUCUGGAGAUGUGGAUAUAGCUGAUGUGGCCUACUACUUUGAAAAAGAUGUAAAAGGUGAGCCCAUCUUUUACAGUAAUAACAGACUAAACUUCAGCAUUGAUAAUGAAGCGCUGAAUUUUGAGAAGACUGCGUUCUACUAUGUUGAUGAAAUAGCACCAGAGUUUUCCAUGAAGAAUCUGACUCCUGGCCUCAUUGCUGUCAUUGUAAUAAUAAUAAUAGCAAUAGUUGCUGGAAUUGUUGUUCUGGUCUUCACAAGGAGGAGGAAAGGGAAGUAUGUGAAAGCAGAGGUAAAGGAAAUGAAUGAAAUGCAUAGAGGGCUGAAUGCAUAA